GUGCUGUAAAAUGUCCACACUAGAACCACAUUUCGGCUAAAGUUGAAACAACAACAAAAUAGUUUAAAUAAUUAGUUAAAGUUCUCAAUAUCCGUAUUUUCUAUCACCUUUGAGGACCAGGAUUGCUUUACAAGGAAUCCGGGAGAAACCACGUAUAAUGACAAGUCCGUCGCGGGAUAUUAACGAUCUAUUCGACGACAUUGUCCUGACCGAGGAAAAGGAAGCGCGAUUGGGAUACGAAGAGGGAUUGAAAGACGGCCAGGAGCAGGGCAACGAGGAGGGCUACAAAUUGGGUUACGCCCAGGGAGUCUCCCUUGGCGAGGAGCUAGGCAAGAUCCUGGGUCAGGUGGUGGCCCAGCAGCAACUGAAGCACACGGACAAGGUGCGUCGCAGUCUGGAACAGCUGCGCUCGCUCAUCGAGGAGUUUCCCCGCACCAACGAUCCGCAGGCGGAUAUCGUGGGAGCUGUGCAAGACAUUCGGUCCUCCCACCGUCGUCUUCGCGCCUUACUGGGAUCCAAGAAAACACCUGGAGCAGCACCCUCAGAACCACCUGCUGUCGAACACAAGGACUACAGUUUCUAG